AUGAUGCAGCCGCUGGGAGCUGUUGCCAUCUUGGCUUUGGCUCACACUGUACAGGCACAAGUGGCCGGAUACGGACAGUGUUGGUGGAGGAAUUGGCUACUCAAGCAGUUCAACCUGUAUCUCGGGGUUCGCUUGUGCCUCGCAGAACCCCUGUUUGUCAUUGUAGCUCCCAUCAUUCACACACAUUCAUCUAAUCUCUGUCAAGAUUACUAUCAAUGUCUCCCCGGGACUACAACUCACACGAUAUCGACCACCAGUGCUAGGACUACCACUACAACUACGACUACGACUACGAGCAAGACUACCACCAUAGCCGCAUCAACAACGACGGCAUCGACAAAAACGGCCACUGCCACAACAAACAGCUGCGUGGGAUCUUUUACACCCAUUUCCGCGCCUGAUUUCGUUGCGAAUCUGCAUCCUGGCUGGAAUCUCGGCAACACACUUGAUGCCACUCCGGAUGAAGGAUCCUGGAAUAAUGCCCCCGUCGUCGCAUCCACGUUUGAAGAUGUGAAAGCAGCGGGCUUCAAGAGUGUUCGGAUCCCAGUCACUUAUGCGUAUCAUUUCACUGGAAGCUCACCAGACUGGACAGUCGACCCGGACUGGUUACAGCGAGUCUCUGAUGUUGUUGAUAUGGUCACUUCCCUUGGAUUGUAUACAAUUGUUAAUGUGCAUCAUGAUUCAUGGAUCUGGGCCGAUGUUACCCAGGCGGGGGCUAAUCUUACAAUGAUUGAGGAAAAGUUCUACCGGCUAUGGUAUCAAAUCGGCACCAAGCUAGCGUGCAAGUCCAGUCUCGUCGCUUACGAGCCUAUCAACGAGCCCCCAUGCAACGAUGCUGAUGAUGCGACUGAAAUCAACAAACUCAACAAAAUCUUCCUCCAGGCCAUCAAUGAUGCUGGCGGAUUCAAUUCCCAGCGGGUCGUUACUCUGGUGGGAGGUGGUGAGGAUAGUGUCAAGACGUCGGAGUGGUUCCAGGCGCCAUCUGGGUUUUCCAAUCCAUAUGCUAUCCAAUUUCACUAUUACAGCCCUUAUGAUUUCAUUUUCAGCGCGUGGGGCAAGACAAUUUGGGGAUCCGAUGCAGAUAAAGCAACGGUUCUCUCAGAUCUUCAGUUACUCCGAGAUAACUUUACCGGAGUUCCUAUUGUCCUUGGGGAAUAUGAUGCAUCCCCAACCAACACGGAACCUGCUGCCCGCUGGAAAUACGUCGACUAUUUGAUUCGAAACGCCCUCGGCCUAGAGAUCUCAUGCAUUCUUUGGGAUAAUGGCUUGGAUCACCUAAAUCGAGACACCGAUACCUGGCGCGAUCCCAACUCCAUUUCAAUGAUCACCAAAUCAACCGAGUCCACAGCAAAUAGCUUACCCGAUAGUACUGAAGAUUCUUCUGCGACCUCCCAGUUUUCUUCGGCUUAUUUGUUCCACGAGUAUGGAACUCAAGUUGUCGCACAAAGUCUUCCAUUCAUCUUUAAUGGAAAUACGCUGUCUUCGAUCAGCGACUCCACCGGCUCGACCUUACAAUCAGGCACUGACUAUUCGGUCUCCAGCUCCAGCAUCACCUUCGCUGCUUCUUAUCUGUCGAAACAUCUCUCACCUACGACUUCUCCAGGCGUGGUUGCUAACUUGACUUUGGAAUUCUCUGGAGGGGACUCAUCGCCUAUACUUCAGAUUGUUCAAUGGAAGACGCCCACUCUGUCGUCAUCGUCGGCUGUGGCAUCAUCGGUCUCAGGCGCCGAUCUGUCUGUUCCCAUCACCUGGGGUGGGCUGGCAACCGUGGCUGCAGUUCGAGCAGUGACUACAAGUGGUGUGUAUCUAGUCGAUGACUUCACUGUCUAUCUGGGUCCUCUGCAGCAGGCUAGGACGACCUAUAGUAGCCAAUAUAAUUGGGAUUCCUCACAUGUGAUCUUGACCUCAUCAGCAAUUAGCUCGGUCAUCUCAGCUGGAGUGACGACACUCUUCACAUUCGAAUUUUUCCCUCGAGACAAUGGGGUUGUGAAUGCAGUCAACUUUACCCUAACUGUCUAG